AAGCGGUCACUAACCCCGCUGGAGCAGGAACGGACCAAACCGAACCGCCGUCACCUCCGGUACCAAUGUCCGGCUAAGCGUCCGCAGAACCGAACUCUAAACCAGAUCCGAUCCACUCCGUGAUCCGCUCCAGGGUUCCAGAAGAAUGGAGCGCUCCGGCAGCAUCCAGCUGGACAUCCCAGACUUCAGUAACUCAGUUCUGUCACACCUGAACCAGCUGAGAGUUCAAGGCCGUCUGUGCGACAUCGUGGUUAACGUGCAGGGGCAGAGCUUCCGGGCCCACAAGGUCGUACUCGCUGCUAGCUCUCCAUACUUCCGAGACCACAUGUCUCUGAGCCAAAUGAGCACUGUGUCACUGACGGUGAUUCGAAACCCGUCGGUGUUUGAGCAGCUGCUGUCCUUCUGCUACACGGGGCGGCUGUGCCUACAGCUCGCCGACAUCAUAAGCUACCUGACAGCUGCCAGCUUCUUGCAGAUGCAGCAUAUCAUUGACCGCUGCACCCAGAUCCUGGAAGGGAUCCACUUGAAGAUCAGCUUGGCUGAUCUGGAUGAGGUGUCCAGGGAUGAAGAGGCUGUCCGAGGGUCCAGGAGCGAUGGCGGCAGGAACCUGGAGGCUGUGGUGCGAGGAGGUGGCCAUCAUGGCAGCAUGCGGCUCAUCGGCCCGCGGGGAGGGUCGGAGGUUUGUGAAGUGAUCAGCCCUGUGGAGGAACCACUCAGCCCUCCACCCACCGUGGAGAACAGCGGGCUGGAGGGGCCAGGGACUGUUGUGGGCAGAGCGGGAAAAGAACCCAUCCUUCGCAUCAACAGGGCCGGCCAGUGGUACGUGGAGACUAGCAGUGAGCCGGACCACACUGGCAGCGCCGAGGAGGGAGGCAGCAUGGAUGGAAUGAGGAUCAAGACAGAGAGGAUGGAGGAGUGGAUUGGAAGUGGGGAUCACCAGGAGGGCGGCGCAGUGGAGGAGGUGGGCACUGUGAUGAUUGACACAUCAGGACGCAGCACACUGGUUCCAGGGCCGGCGGGAGCACUGGGUACGAGGAGCGUGCAGCCGUCCAGCAGCUUCAGUGAGUCAGACAGGUUCAGUCCCACCGGCAGUGUGGUCGUUCUGACAGAACGUCAGAGGGCGAAAAGCGAGUCGCCGAGCAGGGCUGACGAACUCCGGCAGCCGAGCUCCCAGGGGGAGGAGCAUACUGCCUUUGAUAUGGGCGGCUACGAGGACUACCUGAGAGAGCAGGUUGGAGACCGCUGGUUCCGCUACAACCCGCGACUAACCUGCAUCUACUGCUGCAAGUCCUUCAACCAGAAAGGCAGCCUGGACCGCCACAUGCGCCUCCACAUGGGCAUCACGCCGUUCGUCUGCCGCAUCUGUGGGAAGAAGUACACUCGCAAAGACCAGCUGGAAUACCACAUCCGCAAGCACACCGGCAACAAGCCCUUCCACUGUCACGUUUGUGGCAAAAGCUUCCCCUUCCAGGCCAUCCUCAACCAGCACUUCCGUAAGAACCACCCAGGCUGCGCUCCACAGGAGGCUCACAGCGCCUCCCCAGAGACCACCACCGCCUCCGUGACGUCCAGGGGAGGGCCGAGUGAUGAGGCCUCCCCCAGCCAAGAGGAGUCAGAGGGCGGCAGUGGCAUCGGUGGAGGCCAGUUUGGUGAGGGUCCUCAGACCUCUGUGUCCACAACUGGACCGGACUAACCCGGCGGGGAGGGCAUGGUUCUGAUCCUGUUGCUCCUGGUGCCAUCAGGUGAUACUCAGCUCAGUACAGCAGGGAGGACACUCUACACCCAGGGGGUUUUGUUUUUGUUUUGCUUUAAACCGCAUCUACCUUCACAAAGCUAUAUGAAGAAACGCCACACACUCCGACAACCUCACACCGCCACGCCGCGGUUACCAUUACAGGUUCACACUGCAGUCUGCCAAACGCACCGUUAAACCCUUCGAUUUGCCUUGAGACAAUCUGAGACUCCCGCGUAACUAGAAUCGGUUUGAUGUUCGAGUUCAGCCGCAGUGUGACCAGAGUCUCCGCUUCGCCUCAUGUCACCGAAAUGUUUCUACCAUUUCCCCUCGAAAAAUCGCCAUUCCCUUUGCUCCCUUAAUCAGCUUUAUUUUGAGUUUUUGCCAGUUUCUUCACCAAAAUCUGUCAAACUAAUCAAAUUGUUUUGGCUGCUUGAGUCCUGUGGUGGAUUUCUAGAGGUGGCGGUCCAAACACUUUUGGACUGAGUCUGGGACUCAUUUAGAGUUUUUCAGCUCUGAUCUAACCUUUGACCUCACAGAACACUCACUGUAACUUUAACCUCAUGAGCAGAGGUCAACGUGGGGUCACAGUGGACAAACUGACCGCAUCAGAACAUAAACCUGCACAACAUAAAUUAUUCAUUUUGGGACCUUUUUCACAUUGAUCAGGUGACUCAGCUGU